AUGGCGAAACUGGGUUUGGGUGAAGACUGCAUCCCCACGACGCCAACACCUGUUGCUGCGAAUGACAUGAACGUCGCUCUCUUCGAUAAAAGGACAAGAGACCAACUCAGACAACUCCCGCUCCGAGUUAUUAUGACCCAGGAGGGUCGGAAUGCCAUGGCCUUAAACCCAGAACAACCCCUCUCCGACAACAUGUUGAAUAUGGAGAGGCUGGAGGAGUUGAUUGCUCGAAAGACAACCUUUCCUGGCAAAUGUGCCAAGUUCGACUUCGAGGGCAACAUUGUGGAGGAUGAGAUCGAUCUCUGUGCGGCGUUCAAUGCGACUAGAGUUAAACGGUUCCAGUUCCUCCCGUUGUAUUUGGGACAGAGCAAUGCUGGAAGCUCUAAUGCGGAAACAACGACAAUGUCGAAGUCGGUCAAAUUUGUUGGGACACAGGCAAGGGAUUCGAGCAUGGGCCGACACACACAGAUCGACGAUGAGCAGAUCUCAGGUGGCCAUAUUGGAACCUGUCCUAAUCCAGACACCGAGAGGUUCAAAUCGCAAGAGAAGGCGAGUGGUGUCUUCGAGCGAGGACGAAGAGGCACGAAGUUCACGCACCAGAGGCAGAAGAAAGAGAACGAAUGCCACCAGGAACCCGAGCGAAGAGGGCACUGGGAUAUCGGCUGA